UGGGGGAGGGAGCAACAUCGUUCGGAAUUCGUAGUGAAAUAUGCUUGUUUUUAAGCAAAUAAAAUAAAAUCCUAUCAAAAUUACAUAUCAGGCAGUAUUUAUUAGAUCUUUAUUUAUAGUUUAAAUUUAACUUUACAAAAUGCAGUCAAGACUAGUUAUUGGAUGCGUCCUGAUCUCAUGCCUGGUGUUGGCAUGGGUGUGCAGCGACCUCUAUCAGGAACUGCUGGAUAUCUACGAGCAUACCGAAGUGCUCAUUGACUCUGACUACUCCUGGUGUUUCCGGCUGUUGCUGAACCUGGUAGGCUACUCCACCAUCCUGGUACCCGGCUACAUCCUCUACAAGUACCUCCACAAAACACAGUAUUUUGACAAAAUAACGAAGCACACGUGGGUGUCGCGGCUGUUGCUGGCGUGCUUCGGGGAACCGGGGGAGCGGCUGCCGGAGGCGGCGAAGCCCCCGCGCGCCGAGGGCCGCGAGUGCCUCGAGCUCGUGUUCUGCUUCGGAGGGCUCAUGGCCGCCUACCUCGUGUGGGGCCUGCUGCAGGAAAAGAUCAUGACGCAGAACUACGUGAUGGCGGACGGCAGCCUGGUGCGGUUCGACGACUCGCAGCUGCUGGUGUUCGUGAACCGGCUGCUGGCGUUCGCGCUGGCGCUGGGCCGGCUGGCGUGGCGCGGCCGGCCGGUGCUCGUGGCGCCGCUCUACAAGUUCUGCUACUGCGCCCUCACCAACAUCAUCAGCGCCUGGUGCCAGUACGAGGCGCUCAAGUUCGUCAGUUUCCCCACGCAGGUGCUCUCCAAGUCCUGCAAGGUCAUCCCCGUCAUGUUGAUGGGCAAGCUCAUCUCCCGCAACAAGUACGAGCCCUACGAGUACCUCACCGCGCUGCUCAUCUCGCUCGGCAUGGCGCUCUUCAUGUUCGGCAGCCACGACGACUACGCAGUGUCGGCGGCCACGACGGGCUCCGGCCUGGCGCUGCUGGCGCUCUACAUGGCCUGCGACAGCUUCACCUCCUCCUGGCAGGCGGCGCUGUUCGCGCGCCACUCCCCGCGCCCGCUGCAGAUGUUGGCCGCCGUCAACCUCUGCUCGCUGGCGCUCACCGCCGCCGCGCUGCCUCGCCCCACCGCGCCCCGCCACCCUGUGUUCGUGACGGACUGCCUGCUGCUGUCGCUGAGCUCCGCCGUGGGGCAGAUGUUGAUCUACCGCACCAUCGCGCGCUUCGGCGCCGUCGUGUUCACCAUCAUCAUGACGCUGAGACAGGCGGUGUCGAUCCUGGUGUCGUGUGCGGUGUACGGGCACGCGGUGUCUGCGGGCGGCGCGUGCGGCGUGCUGCUGGUCUUCGCCGCGGUGCUGCUGCGUCUGUACUGCCGCGGCCGGCGCACGCGCAGCGCCCCCCAGCGCGCCCCCCACCACGCCCCCCAGCGCGCCCCCCACCACGCCCCCCAGCGCGCCCCCCACCACGCCCCCCACCACGCCCCCGCGCAGCCAGUGUAG